UAGCAACAGAACCCAAACACAGCAACCAUGCUCUCAGAAAACAACUUAAUUUGCUCAUUUAAAACACGUUAGCAAGCGAAUUAUUCACAUUUGUGAAAGGCUAAUUUAGAUUUUGUGCAAUGGCUAAAAUCAGCUUGUGUGCACCAUUUCAACUCUUCAACCUCCUCAACCAGUGCAGCUCGGUGUCACGGCUGGCGGAGAUUAACUACCUCUGUUUGAUAGAUGCUCGAGAAACCGAUGACUACAGAAUGAGUCACAUCCCGACAGCUAUAAAUGCCAAAAUGGAUUCAAAGGGUACGUUUCUGCUGCCAGAGGAUGUGGAGGUUGACAGUAUGCAGCAGGUGGUGGUGUAUGACAGCAACACAAGCGUUCUGCAGGGACGAGGCCGAGUGUUUAAAUGUGCCCAGGAACUGGCCAAAGCCAGCCUCUCCCCGGUCCUCAUAGUGAAGGGAGGCUUUCAGAGGUUCUCGGCUCUGUACCCGUUUUUAAGAACGGAGAAAAUCCUCUAUACCAUCACGGAGCUGGAGAACCUGAAGACCUAUCCGGUGGCGAUCUUAGCGGCACUGCUGUACAUGGGGGACGAGAAACAAGGCAUGGACCCAAGCAUCCUCAAGGACCUGAAAGUCAGCGUCGUCAUCAGCAUCUCGGAGAGCAACAACGUGGAAUCCAUACGGGGGAACACGACCGUCACUAACUUCCCGGUGGCUGACUCGGUGGAGUCAGAUUUAUAUUCAAGUCUUGAGCGUAUUUGCAGUGUUAUCGGUAGACACAUGGUCACGGGCUCUUGUGUCCUGAUGGUUUCCAGGAACGGCAGAAGCCGCUGCAGUGCUGUGGCCAUCGCCUUUCUCAUGCACCACCUCAAAUACACACUGGAGGAGGCCUGGAAGUACGUGCUGAAAUGUAAACCCAACGUGAGACCAAACACAGGGUUUCUCCAGCAGCUGUCUGACUGGGAGCUCCACGUCAUAGGAACAAAAGAGACCGAUAUCUAUGGACCUCACUUUUAACAAAGCAAGAUGUCGUGAUAUUUCAUAGGGGAAAUGAAGGGGAAAGAGUUUAUGUAUUUCUUGGACUGUGACACCUAUUUGGGGUUUCUUUUGUAAAUUUGUUUAAUUCGUGUUUUGAGUGCCAAUAAAUGUUCAUUAGCUCCAGUUCAGUCCUUACAUGGCGAUGCCAGAAUGGCUUACAAUACCGGGUGUAGGUCGAUGCCCAUCUAAGGUUACGCAACAUCGGCUCUAAAAAUACAGCCCACUUGGGGAACAUAUUUGGGCAUUUCAGCCAAAUAUAUUGCACCGAAAUGUUUCCUGCAUGGGACGGAGAACCAAUUAUACAAUCUAUUUCA